AUGGCCAAUGUGUGUGCCAACUUCAUGAAGCCGCUCUCCUGCUUCGAAAUGGUUCACGGCGCCGGCGGCCAAAAGGCGCCGCAAUUCUGCUCUUUCAACUUGGCGGAGCUCUGCCGAUCCCUGACUUCGCAAGCGAUGGCUGGAAUUUGCACCUCCGUUUGCAUCCUGAUCGUGCCCCUGUAUUGGCUGGAAAUGAUUCGGCGAUCGCACAACUGGCAGCCUCAGUCGCGAAGACACAUCAUGGGCUUCCUGGUGUCGGGCUACAGGCCUGCAGUA